GUGACGAACCAGAGGAGUUAAAGAGAAAGGCUACUGAGCUGGCUGCUGCUGUCCGGAAUGCCAGGCACCUUGUCAUCUACACGGGAGCUGGGAUCAGCACGGCAGCUUCAAUCCCAGACUACAGAGGCCCUAAUGGCAUAUGGACGUUGCUGCAGAAGGGCAGGAGCAUCAGGGCUGCAGAUCUGAGUGAGGCAGAGCCCACACUCACUCACAUGAGCAUUGCCUGCCUACACAAGCACAACCUGGUGCAGCAUGUGGUGUCUCAAAACUGUGAUGGGCUGCACCUGCGGAGUGGGUUACCCCGAGCAGCAAUAUCUGAGCUUCAUGGAAACAUGUACAUAGAGGUCUGCACUUCGUGUACGCCCAACAGAGAGUACGUGCGAGUCUUUGACGUGACAGAGCGCACAGCCCUGCACAGGCAUCACACUGGCAGGAUGUGCCACAAGUGUGGGGCACAGUUGAGAGACACAAUCGUCCACUUUGGGGAGAAGGGGACGUUGAGGCAGCCCCUGAACUGGGAAGCAGCAACAGAAGCUGCAAGCAAAGCAGAUGUGAUUCUUUGUCUGGGUUCCAGUUUAAAGGUUUUGAAAAAAAACCCGCGUCUGUGGUGCAUGAGCAAGCCCCCCGCUCGCCGCCCAAAGCUCUACAUCGUGAACCUGCAGCUAUGA